AUGAUGCGUCGGCUGAUGAUGUUCCGCAUCUUCCUGGCGAUGUUUCUGGCUUGCGGUGCUACUUACGCCGACGAGGCACGAGUAAAAGGAUUAAUUCGAGAUUGGUCUCCUCUAGUCUGGCUCGCUCCGGGCGAGCGUUUCCUUCCACUUGGGGUACCUGAAUUUUUGGACAACGUCGAGGUCGACGACAAUUACCUUCGCACGCGCCUGAGUUUGCAAUCGCUACUGCAAAACCGAUCCUCAUUCUUGCACGGCCGCAAGCCGGCCGGUAACGUGCCGAUUUAUGCGCUCGUUAAGAACUGCAUGGCCGAUCACUCACCGGCGACUGAGAGUUCCGCCACGAGUACGACGAAGGGCACCAAAAAACCUGAUCUAAUCGUCGAGGAGUUUCUGUUCAAACCCGUCGAGACGAAUAAUGUGCCUAGUGGUGGUGAGUGUGCCGAUUUUUUUUUUCAUUUUUUCAAGGUCAUUGGAAGGAUUUUGGAAGUACCACCACCGGCAAUGAGCGCACCACCGCCCAAAGCCCGAUUAUCACCCAAGCCCCACGACUUGGACGAGACUAAGCGCCGGAAGCUUAAGCUCCAACAGCAGCACAAACAAAAGCCGCAACGACCGCCGCUGCAUUUUCACGUGACCUACUGGAUGUUUUACCCGUACAGUGAAGGUAAAGCUGUCUGCGUGCUGGAUCUUGGCUUCUUAGGCAGUUGGCCCAUUCCAAAUAUCGGCGGCAUGUGCCUUGGUGUAUUGAAGGAGUACGGCAGUCACGUCGGCGAUUGGGAACACGUUAGUUUGUACUUUAAGGGCAAAGACCAUCCAGUGGCGAUGUACGUAUCGGCCCACGACGCCGGGGCGUUUUACCGGUACGAGGCCCUGAGCGGGACAUUCGUCUACGAGUCCCAGGAGACGCGCAAGGGCGGCCUCUUCCAGAAGCCCACGUUUCCCGAGCGCGUGUUCACGUCCCAGGGCUCGCACCCGGUGCUGUUCAGCGCUAGGGGCUCGCACGGGCUGUGGACCGCCCCCGGCAAGCACAAGUUCGUCAGGCUGCCGAGGCUGUACGACGAGAGCGGCUUUGGCACGCCCUGGCCGACUUGGCGAAAGCUGGAGCUGCUCUGGGACUGGGAGAGCAACGCCAUGCCCGGCUGGAUGACCUUCACGGGCAAGUGGGGCAACCCCAAGAGCAACUGCCACCCGCUGGCGAGGUUUGGAUUCAACAUAUGCGAGUUCGUCGACGGACCGACCGGAAUACCAAUGAAGAGAAUGAACUUUAAGUGCUGA